AUGGGUAGAACAAGUGUUGCGUCACCCAUCUGCUCGUCCAUCCACAUCCUGAGCUCAAACUGCCAGCUACUUUUGUCCAGGGACUGGCGGGGAGAGGUGCCGUCUGAAUGCUUGAAACGAUUAAUACAGGAUCUUGCGAACAAUUUAGAGAACUCUGUCUCCGCUCCAAUCGUUGCCGAUAGUCAAUCUGAUCUUCGUCUCAUGUUCGUUCCGCACAACGAUUUAAUUAUCGCAUGCGUUGCGGCAAGCAGCGCCGACAUCGGGACUGUUUUUACUUUCCUCCACAGACUAGUAGGCAUAUUCUGUGCAUAUUUUGAGUCUUUCAUGGAAGAAUCUGUGCGUGAUAAUUUCGUUAUCAUAUAUGAGCUACUCGAUGAGGUUGUCGAUAACGGUUAUCCUCAGCUUACAGAACCUGCAGUCCUUGGGGAGUUCAUCAAAAUCCGUGCUCACCGUCUUGAGGCACCAAGCCUGCCUUCAGCUGCUACCAAUACAAUUUCAUGGCGAAAGAACGGGAUUUUUUACAAAAAGAACGAAGUCUUCUUAGAUGUUAUUGAGAGAUGCAGCUUAUUAGUCGAUGGAAAUGGAAAGGAAACGCAUUCACAACUUACAGGGACUCUUACUGUACGCUCUCAGUUGUCUGGCCUACCAGUGUGUCAGCUCAGUCUCAACGAACGAGCUACACGGAAAGCCUUCGACUCUUCGCCAAGUGGUCAUGGGUUUCUUGAGGAUAUGACUUUCCAUCCUUGCGUCGAUCUGGCGACGUUCAGGAUGAAACACCUCCUGUGCUUUACUCCGCCUGAUGGAAAAUUUGACCUCAUGACAUACCGCACGCUCCACCCUGCAAAGCCACUCAUCAAUAUCAAUGCGACAAUGUCAUCGACAAACUCCAGCAGAAUAGAGUAUGCUGUCAGUCUUUCGACUCUCUUUAAAGAACAAAAUAUUGCUAGUAACAUUCAGGUUGAGAUUCCUGUGAGCCCUGAUACAACUUCUCCAGAAAUUCAGUGUAGCUGUGGCACUGUUGUGUACGAUCCCGAGAAAGAUGCACUUUUGUGGACGCUUCGAAAUAUCAAGGGUAAACGAGAAUUCAAGUUACAGGCUAAACUAUGCGUACCAUCCACUGGAAUUGUAACUCAGUCUCCUGGAAUGACUCCGGUGAGAGUUACUUUUGAGAUUCCUUACAAUACAGCGAGUGGCUUGCAGGUAAAAUAUCUCAAGGUUGUAGAAAAAGAUGGCUAUAGUGCUUUGCCUUGGGUACGUUACAUAACACGCUCAAACGGUUAUGAAUUCCGAUUCAGAAAAUGA